CGGUUCUGUUCUCUGACUUGAAAUUAGGGGAAUUACUGACAUUCAUUGUGUUACGCUGUAGGAACUGGAGAUGGAAAUGUAUGUAAAUUGCAGAGUUGAUAUAUGGGCACUCGCCAAGAGGUGUACCAGCUGUACCCCGCACGGGACCUAUUGACAUUUUCUGUCUUGAUCGAGAUAGUUAACACUUACCUACAUACAUGUAUGUAGGCAUUUUUAAGCCCAAUUUGACUAGUAUGAGCUCAAUGGGCGAUAACUACUCCAUACACAAAGUUUCUUUAAAGAGAACCCGGCAAGCUUGUGGUCCUUGUCGUCGGAAGAAGGCGCGUUGCCCAGGCGAGAAGCCGGCAUGCUCGCUGUGCCAUAGGCUAGGGCAACGCUGCUCAUACGGACCGCAGGCAUCCCGUGUAAAUAACCACUCGGUUUCGGUUCCUGUGCAAAGCCAGGAGACGCAACACAGCAUCGAUGAGACCCAAGGGGAUAUCUCGAGCUCUGGGUCGAGCUCAGGGAGGCUUCAGCGCAUCGAAGAAAGACUAGACAUGAUGGCACUUUUACUCCAAGAAGCCUUACCAAGGUCUAAUUCGUUACGUGAAGUAUCCAGUGAUAACCAGCUCAAUGAUAAUCGCGAGCUGCAAGAGGCUUCUUAUGACGACUUCGAAAUAAUAGAUUGCCCAGAGAAUCACUCGCUGUCUUCACAAGAAAGUGGUCUUCCAAUUGCAUUUAUCGAGCAAGAAGUGGAGACCUUCCUUACCUACUUCCAUGACCAGCCAUAUUGUCUUUUUUCAAAAAAGUGGUUGCUCAGAUAUACGAGCUCGUUACCACCGGAGGUCGCAUUUCCAUUAGUUGCCCUCACUUCCCGCCUACCUCGACGAUCUCGUGGAUCUUUGCAUGAGAAUACACCACAAGUAAGAAUAUUCGCGGAGAAAGCUUGGAACCUCUUGUCAAAUCAAUACAAAGAUGGCAAGAUGGGUCUCUCAUUUCUCCAGGGUACAUUCCUCAUGGCCCAGGUCGAUUUUGCUGAUGGAAAUGCUCAUCGAGCAUAUGCGUCGGUUGCCCUUGGAUUACGUGCGAUUCAAUCAGUGGGGUUAAAUAAAGCAAAGGACUCGUAUCUCUCGAAUGACCUGGAGAUCGAAACGAGAAAGCGCAUUACUUGGGCAUUUUUUAUGCUCGAUCGCACUUAUAGUGCUUCCCGAAAUUAUUCACUGUCACUCUCAGACAAGCAAUUCACACUUCCAUUUCCUUCCCCAGAGACAAAAGCACUGUUCCAUGAUAAUGAGUCCCUGGCCCAGGGGUCUUUACAUGAUGGUCCGGGAAAACAAGGGCAGAAAGUUGAUUAUGGCAUUCUCGCAUGUCUCUUGAGGCUGUACUCUUUAUGGGGGAAAGCCACGGAGUAUGUCUUUGAACCAUUUGCCGAGAGCUCGCUACCUCCCUGGCAAACGGGAUCAGCUCUCGCGAUUCUCGAAUCAGAAUGGUUGCAAUUUGAAACACAUUUUGCAGACGCCCAUCGAUAUAUAAACGUUGAUUUCAAAAGGCGCGCCCGAGAAGAUCCACAACCACGUACAUACCUCUCGACCUGGGUGUGUGUCCAAUUCCUUUUCCAUUCAAUCCAGUGUCUGCUGCACCACCCAUUCGUGAUCAUGACCAAGCUUCGCAACUUUAACGGGAAUCUCUCGGCAACAUUUCUGCAAAAGUCGUUCGAGACAUCACUCCUCCACUCUCGAUGGAUAGUUCGGCUCAUAAGGGAAAUGUCAGAGGUCAACUUUGAGACCUGUGAUCCUUUUCUGGGGUAUUUGGCUGCGAUCGCAGCAACAAUCCAACUUGAGCAUACUGGCAGCAAAAACCCGCAAAUUGCUCUUCUGCUAAAUAAAGAAUUUCGAAUCCUUGUCGACUUCAUGACAGAGCUGUCUGUGUAUUGGGAAAAUAUGAGCGUCCUGGUUAACAAAGUCAAUGAACUUGCUGCCCGUCAUCAAAACUAUGGGUCACUCUAUUAUAAUCAGGAGGGUUUCUCGGGUGCUUUAUCCAAAAUGCCAACUCCUUCGAAUAUGCCUAGAAUGUCCGCAGAAGACGAGGGUCUCAUGUGGGAGAUUCUUGAUUUUGGCUGCUCAUCAGGAGACGAGGCAAUGAACUUCGGGAAUUUGGCCAUGCCCCAAGAAAGCAAAAUCCAAGCGAAUGAAGGGCAUCCCACACAAAGCAGAACGUCGUUAAGAACGCAACUAGUAGGUCAGCAAAACAAGGACGAACAGAGAGGGCUAAUGACCCCAAACCUUCCAAACCUUGACCAAAUAUCCGACUCCAUCAACGAAGGCCCUUUGCCUGAGUGGCCAUUUCAAACGAGGGGUGGUGGUGAUGUGAUUGGGGCAAUGCCGGACAUUCCAGAUUGGAUGAUCUUGGGAGACUAUAUGGCAGAGCAUUUGUGAGGAAAAGGGAGUUUGUGAGUUGUGUAAUACAGUGAAUGUUGGGCGUGUAUUGGCGUGCCAUGUAUCCUUCUAAUUGUCUUUCGUGGCCCC